AAACGGCACAGGCGGCAACGAGGCGCAACCUGGCCGUAUCCCCCAAGUGCUUGGCGCCCACGUGUCGGCCAAGAGGCGGCUAUUCGGCGAAUGUGUCAUAUCAGCUGAUGGCAUGAUGGUCGAGAUGCGUUGAGUGUGCUUCGCCUCUGUUUUUUGUGCCAUGUUACGCAUGGGUAGUUUUUGGUCAGCUUUCGGCGGACUCAACACGUUUGUUGCGCGUCACUGGCUUCACCCGGAAGGUUUGAAUCCCAUGAAGCCAAGUUUCAGAGCAACCUUCCCACUCUCCACGCGCACGGGCCCAGAAACAAGCCUAGUUUGUGCCUGGUGCCUAGUGUGUCGUCCUUUCUCUGGCUGUGUUCAUCGUCAGAACUGCUAUGGAGACUUUCUCAGACAGUAGGAUUGCGACAGCGCGGACCAUUCUCCCCUGUACUGAGAGCUCGUUAGUAUUUUUAACAGCGUAUGUUUGACGAAAAUUUGAUGCCGAGUAGUGAGCCUCACCCCAUGCCCCAAGUCUCAGGCACGAAAAUUAAGCAAGGCAAGAAGCUUUGCGGCAUCAUCACCGUCUGUUGCCAUUUGGGUUCAAGCAGGCGAUUGUCGGCGUUCUUAAGCCCUAAAGAAAUCCGCGCAACCUGAGAGAGCGAGAACUGAAGGUCACAUGCAGUCUUGCAGCAGCUUCGUCUUGCUCCUGACAUUCCUUCGGGCUUGCGAGUCCACAUCUGCUCAGAGCAUCAUCCGGCAUGAUUCUAAAGGAAGUCAGAAGUCGAUUGCGGUAGACGCCGCUGGUGUCUUGGCUCUUGAUCUCCCGGAGGAAGCGGGGUUCGCCGAAACUGAUUCGCUUCAAGACAGGGCAGAAGCUGUUGGCACAAAUUUCCACGGCGUGUCAGCAGACGCAACAAGGGCAAACAAAUCAGAAUAUUCCAGCUCCAGCAUAUUUUGCUACGAGAGGGACUCGGCAAAGCUUGGCAACUGUUGGGCUGGGAAGCCACCGGCCAACACCCCAGCGUGCACGGCUACGUCUGGCACAACCGUCUGCAAGUGCCCCGAUACAAUGUGCGACAUCGACCAAUUGUCGUUCUCCCCCCCGUCCACGGGCCGUUGUGCUGUGAAGAAGAUCUACGUCGCCGAAGGGCAGAUUCAUUCCCACAACAGCGACCUUGACGUCACCGGCACGACAGAAUCGGUCUAUUGCGAGAAGAUGGUGCUAAAUAAUCAGUGGUCGCAGCAAGGCUGCAUCGCUCCCUCGGGUUCUCCCGAAAGUAAGCCCAAGGACGGCUGGUUCUGCGAUUCGGGAUACACAUCAAGAAAUAAGAAAUGCUUUCGUAAGGUCCGCUACAUUUCGCCGAAGGAGUCCUGUUGGGACGGCUGGUGGGGUAGUGGGAAGUGCAAGAACCACGAGCUUAGCUACGAUGAGUAUUCAACUGCUUGCUACAAUGGCCAGUGCGUUCCUUACGCGUUUGCACGGAACCGCCAAGAAUGUACAUGCUCCUGGUUUGGUUGGAAUUUUCUUGUGGCUUGCUCCGCAAGCAGUGGUUCCUGUGGAGGCCACGCGUGCGUGCUGAAUACAGGGGACGGCAAAAAGUACUGCGACUACGCUACAAAUCAGAACUGGCAUUCGCUGUUCGGUUGAUCCGAAGCAUCUUGACACUGGAUGCCCCUUGAGGUCGGCCAGCUGAGUUUCGCAGAGAGCCUAAGUUUUGUAGCCAAGACCAGCGAACCGUGACCAUUGGUGGGCGCCUGAUACUCGUCUGUCAUCAC